AUGCAAAGUGUCUCCCGCUCGCCGGCGUCUGCACACGACGACGAAUCCCAUGACCACCUGACUGUAACACUACCACCAACAGAUACCGGAGUUGGGGCGUAUAAGUUUCUUUUUGGGAGCUUCAUCAUCGAAGCUUUAUUAUGGGGUUUUCCUUUGACAUUCGGUGUUUUCCAAGACUACUACUCCCGGCAGCCGGAGUUCGAGGGGAGUUCCAACAUUGCCGUGAUUGGAGCUGUGUCGACGAGCAUAUACUUUCUCGGCGCACCCAUCGCAAGCCCACUUGUCAAGAGAUUCCAGCGGUGGCAGAGGCAUAUGGUCGUAGUUGGAUGGGCGCUCUGCGUCGUAUCACUCUUGGCUGCCUCGUUUGUCAGUUCUGUUCCGGGGCUCAUUGCGACACAAGGCAUAUUGUACGGCACGGGAUUCUGCGUGCUUUACUUCCCCGUCCUGAGAAUGCUUGAUGAGUGGUUCGUCCGGCGGCGCGGCCUUGCGUACGGACUUCUGUACGCCGGCGGGGGUUUCAGUGGCGCAGGCCUGCCUUUUCUUCUCGAAGCGCUGCUCUCAAGGUUUGGGUAUCGUACCACGCUCCGGGCAGUUGCUGUGGCUCAGUUUCUCCUCGUGCUGCCGAUUUUGCACCUCAUCAAACCCCGCUUGCCAGCAUCGAGACACAGUGCAUUCCGCAUGAUCGACAUAUCCUUCCUGUCGCAACCACUCUUCUACUGUUUUGCUCUGUCGAAUCUAUUCCAAGGUCUUGGUUUUUAUAUUCCCUCGUUGUAUCUGCCCACAUUUGCCUCCAUGUUAAAUCUUCCGAGCACGAUAGGAGCCUUGGUUCUGGCUGCCAACAACCUCGCCAGUGUUAUUGGCCAGGUCGGCUUCGGAUAUAUGUCUGAUCGCAUACAUAAUGUCCUAAUUCUCGUAUUCAUUUCCUCAUUCACUUCAUGUCUUGCAGUCUUCACCUUGUGGGGAUUUGCUCAUUCUCUCGGGACUCUUCUCGCAUUCUCCUUUAUUUACGGAUUGUUUGCAGGCGGGUUUGUUGUUUUCUGGCCAAAGUUUGGAUCGGUGCUAUCCGAGGAUCCUCAGCCGAUAUACAGCAUGAUGGCAUUUAGCAAGGGAGUUGGGAAUAUCGUUAUUGGCCCAAUCUCGGCCGCGCUCUUAACGGGACCUACAACAUCGGGGUACGGCUUGAGCAAAUUUCAGCCGGUGAUAUUUUUCUUGGGAACUUGUAUGUUCUGCUCUUCUCUGGGAAUUUUCGGCUUGCCUUUAAAACGACGCUUUGCUCAAAGCUAG